AUGUGGGCAUCGGCGACUGAUUCCGUGGAGCAAAACAGUCUACAAACUUACAUUGUUCAUGUCAAGAUGUCCGACAACCAAGUUUUCACACAUUCCGAAGAUUUGAAAAGUUGGUAUCAGUCAUUUUUGUCAACCACCACCGCAAGCUCAAAUGAACCACCGCACAUAAUGUGCUCGUACCGUAACGUGGUAACCGGGUUUGCGGCCAAAUUGUCCCUAGCAGAUGUAAAAGCCAUGGAAAAGAAGGAUGGCUUUGUGGCUGCCCGACCCCAAAGAGUAUUGUCUUUGCAUACAACCCACACUCCUAACUUCUUGGGAUUGCACCAAAAUUUAGGCUUUUGGAAUAGCUCAAAUUAUGGUAAAGGUGUGAUUAUUGGGGUCUUGGACACCGGAAUAUUCCCGAACCAUCCUUCGUUUAGCGAUGAAGGAAUGCCAUCUCCACCUGCUAAAUGGAAGGGAAAGUGCAAACUCAAUAGCACUUUUUCUUGUAAUAACAAGCUCAUCGGUGUAAGAAAUUUUGUGAGUGCGGAAACUGAGAUAGCAUUCGAUGAUGAUGGACAUGGUACUCACACGGCCAGCACAGCUGCCAGAAACUUUGUGAAAGGUGCCAAUGUUUUUGGCAAUGCCAAUGGCACCGCAGUUGACAGUGACAUAUUGGCUGCAAUGGACGCUGCUAUUGAGGAGGGUGUAGAUGUACUUUCACUCUCCCUUGGCGGAAUUUCCAACCCUUGUUAUGAUGAUAGCAUUGCACUUGGUGCAUUCAGUGCAAUGCAAAAAGGCAUUUUUGUAAGCUGUUCAGCUGGUAACCGAGGCCCUAUCAAUGCCUCACUAGCGAAUGAUGCCCCAUGGAUUCUCACUGUUGGUGCAAGCACUAUGGACCGAAGCAUAAGGGCAACUGCACUGCUAGGAAACACUGAGGAAUUCAAUGGGGAGUCACUUUUUCAGCCAAAAGAUUUUCUUUCAACUUUAUUGCCACUUGUUUACCCAAGAUCGAACAGUAGCCGAAUAACUCAAACAGCUCCAUUAUGUGGCACAGGAUCAUUGAACAACACUGACGUUGUUGGGAAGGUAGUAAUUUGUGAGGUUGGUGGUUCGACAUCAAGAAUUGCCAAAGGACAAACUGUAAAGGAUGCUGGUGGUGCUGCGAUGAUUCUCAUUACUCCGGAGUCCAGAGCAUUGCUCAAAAGUUCACACCCUGAUUGGUCUGUUGCUGCCAUCAAGUCUGCAAUCAUGACUACUGCUGAUCAGCUAAAUCUUGCUAACAAGCCCAUUCUCGAUGAAAGGCUACUUCCCGCGAACAUCUUUGCCAUUGGUGCAGGACAUGUCAACCCAUCAAGAGCCAAUGAUCCGGGGCUUGUUUAUGACGUCCAACCCGAUGAAUACAUUCUUUACUUAUGUGGUUUGAAUUACACAAAUAGACAAAUUAGUGUCAUCACACAACAGAGUGUGAAUUGCUCAGUGGUAUCAACCAUACCUGAAGCACAGCUAAACUACCCUUCAUUUGCUAUCACACUUGGGUCUACCAACCAGACAAACACAAGGACGGUGACUAAUGUUGGCAAGGCAACUUCAACUUACACUGUCGAGAUUGUUCCACCACAGGGUGUUGAUGUGAGGGUUACGCCCUCUAGGCUAGACUUCACAGAGAUGAACCAGAAGAUAACAUAUCAAGUUACAUUUAGGAAAUCAAUCACAGGGAGGAAUACCACAUCUGCUCAAGGAUUCUUAAGAUGGACUUCUGUCAAACACAUUGUUAGAAGUCCAAUUUCUGUUAUAUUCAAGUAA